AUGACUGAUCCGGGUGUAGUGCCUCCAAACUGGGGCUUCUACAUGGGUGAUGAGACCAAACGAAGAAGGUAUUGCAAAAUGUGCAACGUCUGGAAGCCUGACCGGACGCACCAUUGCAGUAUUUGCAACCGCUGCAUCCUGAACAUGGAUCAUCACUGUCCAUGGAUCAACAAUUGCGUCGGCUUCUACAACAGGAAGUUCUUCAUUCAGCUUCUUUCUUAUGUGUAUCUCAGUCUUAUCAUAGUAGUGUUCUUCACCAUGCCAGAGAUGUAUACCAGAAGUAUGGAACUAACUAGGUCCCCCAACAAGUACGGCGAGUCCACGUACUUCUGUUUGGAGACAGUGUUUCUGACGCUUGCGUUUUGCAUGGCAACCCUCUUGAUUUGCACGCUCACGAACUUCAUAAAGUUUCACAUGAAGCUUGUGCUCGAAAACUACACGACAAUCGAAAACUUGGAGCGUGAGGAAGGUGCCAAGAGCAAAUUUGACAUUGGCCGUCGCAGGAACUGGGAGCAGGUCUUCGGGCAAAAUCCUUGGAUGUGGUGGCUUCCGCUUCAUACGCAGGCCUCGCGACCUAUUGGUGACGGUGUCAGAUGGCGAGUUCACUACACAAGAGUCAUUGAUGAGGACGAGGAGCUGCCUGCGGAUGAGGAGGGUAUGUCGCAAGCAAGCAGAUUACUUAACCAGGGCAAUGCCUCCGCGAACAGAUCUACAAGGUAG